UGUUGCGAUCAUAGUCCCCAUAUCCGUGUUUCCCUCUCCUCCCACAUCCACCACUCAUCCAAAAUCAUGCGUGUCGCUAUCAGGAACUCUCUCAGGGGUGCCCUCUCCCAGGCCGUGAGUCAACCGCUUUUUUCCCACCCGCAAUCCCCAAAAAAGCAGCCCCAGGAGGGGACACGUAGCUGGCGUCUAGAUCGGCUCGCGGCGUACAAGGCGACAACAAAGAGGCAGAGGUGCCAGCACGGGCGCAAUGGACAGCUCGAGGGGGCAGCAACACAUCGCGGCACCGCCAGAAGAAUCAUUCGCUAACAUGCAUCGCCCACAGACCCGAGCCCGUGUCGCUCCCCUCGCGGUCAGGACUUACGCUACUGCCAAGCCCGGUACGUUGACAUCCCCCUACCCCUUGCACACUGCAGCACGGCCACUGACAUGACAUCCCCUCUGCUUUUCACCACUUUCAACCCAUCCAUCAACCCUCGACCCCCCCACCCCACGUUUCGGCCGAUUAAAUCCACUUUUCACCGAACAGCCGCGUCCGAGGUUUCCUCCAUCCUCGAGUCUCGAAUCGCCGGUGCUUCUGCUGGUGGUGAUGUCCAGGAGACUGGCCGAGUCCUCACCAUUGGUGACGGUAUCGCCCGUGUCUACGGUCUCCGAAACGUCCAGGCCGAGGAAAUGGUCGAGUUCUCUUCUGGUAUCCGAGGAAUGUGCUUGAACUUGGAAGCCGACAACGUCGGUGUCACCAUCUUCGGUAACGACAGGUUGAUCAAGGAGGGCGACACUGUCAAGCGAACUGGUCAGAUUGUCGACGUUCCCGUCGGUCCCGGUCUUCUCGGUCGAGUCGUUGACGCUUUGGGUAACCCCAUCGACGGCAAGGGCCCUAUCGACUCUGUUGGCAGGACCAAGGCUCAGCUCAAGGCCCCCGGUAUUCUUCCCCGACGAUCCGUCCACGAGCCCAUGCAGACCGGUCUCAAGUCUGUCGACUCUUUGGUCCCCAUCGGUCGAGGUCAGCGAGAGCUUAUCAUUGGUGACCGACAGACCGGUAAAUCCGCUGUCGCCAUCGACGCCAUUCUUAACCAGAAGAAGUGGAACGACGGCAACGACGAGUCCAAGAAGCUCUACUGUGUCUACGUCGCCGUUGGCCAGAAGCGAUCUACCGUCGCUCAGCUCGUCCAGACCCUCGAGGAGAACGACGCCAUGAAGUACUCUAUCAUUGUCGCCGCUACCGCCUCCGAGGCCGCUCCCCUCCAGUACCUCGCUCCCUUCUCUGGUUGUGCCAUGGGCGAGUGGUUCCGUGACAACGGCAAGCACGCCUUGAUCAUCUACGAUGACUUGUCCAAGCAGGCCGUCGCCUACCGACAGAUGUCUUUGCUUCUUCGACGACCCCCCGGUCGUGAGGCUUACCCCGGUGACGUUUUCUACUUGCACUCUCGACUCCUUGAGCGUGCCGCCAAGAUGAACGAGUCCCUCGGUGCCGGUUCCCUCACUGCCCUUCCCAUCAUUGAGACCCAGGGUGGUGAUGUGUCCGCCUACAUUCCUACCAACGUUAUCUCCAUUACCGACGGUCAGAUCUUCUUGGAGGCUGAGCUCUUCUUCAAGGGUGUCCGACCCGCUAUCAACGUCGGCUUGUCCGUCUCCCGAGUCGGUUCCGCCGCCCAGACCAAGCUCAUGAAGUCUGUCGCCGGUUCCUUGAAGCUCUACCUCGCUCAGUACCGAGAAGUCGCCGCCUUCGCUCAGUUCGGUUCCGACCUUGACGCUUCUACCCGAUACCUCCUUAACCGAGGUGCCCGUCUUACCGAGCUCCUCAAGCAGCCCCAGUACACCCCCAUGCCCACCGAGGUCAUGGCUCCUCUUAUCUACGCCGGUGUCAACGGUAUGCUUGAUGCCGUCCCCGUCGACAAGAUCACCGUCUGGGAGAAGUCUUUCACUGAGCUCCUCAAGACUCAGCACCAGUCUCUCCUCGAGAAGCUCAGCGGUGGUGUCCUCACCAAGGAGAUUGAGGAGGAGAUGAAGAAGGUCAUUGAGGGCCACGUUGCCGACUUCUCUGCCUAAGUGCGGUGAUUAGAGGUAGAAGGGAAGAGUUUAAAAUUGGGACAUAAAAAUCGAAAUGAAAAUCUCAAGUUUGCAUCGAUGGCAUGAAGUUGCAUUAGCA